AUGAAUCACGACAUCAAAGCCCAAACGCAGAAAUGAAUCUUUCUGAGUUAUAAUUAAUAAUACCGUAAGAUAGUCUCCAAGCACGCCUACUAUAAUAUAUAGCAAGUACUCCAUCAUGGCAUCACCCAUGCAGGAAGUAGGGUCAAUGGCCACGUUAAUCCCACAUAUUACCUUUGGCUCUCCUUCAAUCUCAACACGGCACCCCUCGUUCAAGAAAACCCACAAAAAAAGUCUUCUCAGAAUCUCCAAAACGCCUCGAAAACCCAUCCACUUAAAAGGAGCGUUUUUAUCACCCACUCGUAGUAUAAGCUCCAAUUAUAAUCAAAACCAGUGUCUAGAUGAAGCUCUGUCAUUGGCGCUUGAUUUUUGUGCAAGCGAAAAGUUCCUAUCACAAGGCAGACAAAUCCAUACCCAUAUAGUAAAAGGCAACAAUGUUUGCGAUUUAGUGUUCUUGAAUACAAAGCUCGUGCUUAUGUAUGGGAAAUGUGGAUGUUUAUUAUAUGCUGAGAGGGUGUUCGAUGGAAUGUUUGAAAGAAAUAUUUUUACUUACAAUGCUAUGCUUGGUGCUUACGCGUCAAAUGGGGAGCUUUUGAAAGCAAUAGAACUUUAUGCUGACAUGGGAAUCUUGGAUAUCCCUGUGGAUGCUCAUACAUUUAGUUGUGUAUUGAAGGCAUGUGGUGGUGUUAAAGACUUGUUUGUUGGAAGAGAAAUUCAUGCAUUGGCGAUAAAAUUUGGGUUCGUUUGUAAUGAUAUUUUACUUAAUUCUUUAGUAAGUAUGUAUUACAAGUGCAAUGAUCUUAAUGCAGCAGAAUUGUUAUUUCAUAGAAUAAGUAGUAGAGGGGAUGUUGUGCUUUGGAAUUUAAUGAUAUCUGCAUAUUCAGUAAAUGGGAUGAGGAAAGAAGCUUUCAGGCUUUUGGUCGAAAUGUGGAAUCUUGGUGUUACCCCCAGUACUUACACUUUUGUGGCUGCUCUUCAGGCAUGUGAGGAGCGAAUUCUUGGGAGUUCUGGCAUGGAAAUCCAUGCUGUUGUUUUGAAAUCUGGUUUUCAUUACAAUAUCUAUGUUGCUAAUGCUUUGCUUAUCAUGUACGCAAGAUCUGGGAAAUUGAAUGAAGCUGAGAAAGUUUUUCUGCGUAUGGAUGAGGGGGAUUAUGUUUCCUGGAAUUCAAUGUUAUCCGGUUAUGUACAAAAUGGCCUUCAUAAUGAAGCGCUGGAUUUAUUUGCUGAUAUAUUCAGAGAUGGUCAGAAACCUGACCAUGUUUCAAUUAUAGGCGUUCUUUCUGCCUGUGGCAGGUCAGGAAAGCUGUUGAAUGGGAUGGAAGUUCAUGCUUUUGCUUUGAAAAAUGAGCUAGAUCUUGAACUGCAAGUUGGCAAUACCCUGAUAGACAUGUAUGCAAAGUGUACUGAGAUAAGUUAUAUGGACUCUGUUUUCCAUAGAAUGCCAUGUAAAGAUUACAUUUCUUGGACAACAAUCAUUGCUGGCUAUGUUGAAAAUAAUUUUCACAUGAAGGCCUUUGAACUGUUCAGGAAAGUGCAGUCAGAAGGAAUGGAUGCUGACAGAGUGAUGAUUGAAAGCAUUCUUCUAGCGUGUCAUGGGUUAAAAUGCAUUUUGCAUGUGAAAGAGAUUCAUUGUUACAUGAUGAGAAGAGAAUUAUCUGAUCGUAUCCUACAGAACACUCUCUUGGAUGUGUAUGGAGAGUGUGGACAUGUAGAUUAUGCAUGCAAUAUCUUUGAUUUGAUUGAAGUAAAAAAUAUUGUAUCGUGGACAAGCAUGAUAGCUUGCUAUGUCCAUAAUGGACUAGCAUAUAAGGCUCUUAAACUUUCAUCCUACAUGGUAAAAUCAGGUGUUGAACUGGACUCUAUUGCACUGCUGAGUAUGCUCUCUGCUGCUGCUGAUUUAUCAGCACCGAGAAAAGGCAAAGAGAUUCAUGGUCAUUUGCUUAGGAAGUGUUUUGUUUUAGAGGGCCCCAUUGCGAGCUCACUCGUGGAUAUGUACGCCAGCUGCGGGACUGUUGACAACUCAUAUAAGGUUUUCUGUCAUAUUAAAGAUAAAGAUUUAGUUUCAUGGACGAGCAUGAUCAAUGCAUAUGGAAUGCAUGGUCAUGGUAGGAGGGCAGUUGAUUUAUUUAGAAAGAUGGAGGCUGAGAAACUUCUUCCUGAUCAUGUUGCCUUUUUGGCACUUCUCUACGCGUGUAGUCAUUCAUCAAUGGUUGAUGAAGGCAAACAAUUUUUUGAAAUAAUGCGGCAUCAAUAUAAAUUGGAGCCAUGGCCAGAACAUUAUGUCUGUCUGGUUGAUCUUCUGGGUCGUGCAAAUUAUGUGGAAGAGGCAUUUCAAAUCAUUAAAUGUAUGAAAAUGGAGCCAACAGCUGCUGUUUGGUGCGCUCUCCUUGGUGCUUGCCGAAUUCAUUCUAACUCUGAAAUAGGAGAAAUAGCUGCAAGAAAGCUUCUUGAAAUUGAACCGGUGAAUCCUGGAAAUUAUGUGCUUGUUUCUAACAUGUAUGCUGCAGAAGAUAGAUGGGAAGAUGUUGAAGCAGUGAGGAUGAGAAUGAAAAUAACAGGACUGAGGAAGGAUCCUGCUUGUAGUUGGAUUGAGGUAGGAAAUACGGUUCAUACAUUUAUUGCUAGGGACAGGUCUCAUCCAGAUUCUGAUGGAAUCUAUUCAAAAUUAGCUCAGAUUACGGAGAAAUUAGAGAAUGAAGGAGGUUAUGUUGCUCAAACUAGGUAUGUGCUGCAUAAUGUAGAAGAGAAAGAAAAGGUCAAGAUGCUUUAUGGGCACAGUGAAAGGCUUGCUAUUGCCUAUGGCCUACUUACUACUCCCAAGAGAACAACGAUUCGAAUCAUGAAGAACCUUCGUGUAUGUGGUGAUUGCCAUACUUUCACUAAGCUCAUUUCCAAGUUUUUUGAACGAGAAAUUGUAGUGAGAGAUGCCAACAGAUUUCAUCAUUUUAAGGAUGGGGUCUGUUCCUGUGGAGAUAUCUGGUGAUAGUUUGAAUGUGUAAAAAUGUUUCUAUAAAAAGAAUCUGCUCCGGAUACAUUUUGGCAAUCUCACUUGUUGAUAUUCUUGGGUCUCCUUGUAAAUUGUAAAGUGGAGAGCUGAAUCAGAGACAUAAUUAUAGUAGUUAUGAGCCAAAGAAAAAAUGCCCUUGAGAAGCUAAUGACCAUUGAUAUCUUUGUAGCAUCUUUCCCAUGGCCAAAAUAUGCCUGUUUCCAUGCAGUUGCAGAGGGUUCACUGUGAACAACUUCGAACAACCUAAUUGUCAAAAAAGGUUGAGAAUCAGGGCCAACCAGAGGGUGGCUGACAAUUCUGUGUAUGAAACAAGCAAUGUAAGUAAAUGCAAGCCUACUGAUCUUUCCCUUUUUCUUUGAGUUUGAUUUGGCCAAAAAAUGAAAUUUUGAUCUUCAUAUAGGGGAUUAGUGUUUCAAGAAUUCAGCUUACUUCUUUGCCUCUGACUAUCAUUAUGAUGUAAUCAAAUUUGAGAUCGUUUCUUGACAUGUAUAUCCUAGUAUUGUAAGUAACAAUCAGGCUUUCUUUUCUCCAUUUUUUUUAGGAGCUUGUAAAAAAAGAUGAUGAAGUAGAAGAA